AUCUAUGCAACAGCCGUUGAGAAAACGUUGACGUGAGUGCGUCUUGGGGUCAUUAAAACCCCUUGUGUGACCACCAAAGAACUGUUUCGUGAAAAUAGUUUUUAUUUUUUGUUUUUUCAACACCGGAGCAGCUAAAAGAAACGCGAGUGAUUUUUUUCACCACUUCAUGAUUAAAUUUUGCAUGUAACAACGAUUGAUUCCUAAUCUACAAUGUCCAAAGUAUAUCCCUGAAAUUCUAUGAGUCGAUUGAGACGAUGCUGUUCAUGCGACAGCUAUUUAAAAACGAUUGUGGUCAUACCGACCCUUUUUGACCACGAUGUUACAUGGAGGAAUUGUUACUGCGGAUGGCUAGGCACUAUUGCAUAUGUAAUCAUAUUAUCCAGAUAAUAUCAACGAAAUGCUUGGGGCACUCAACUACGAUAGGUAAAAGCGAACAAAAAACCUUGUGAGAUUCCGCGCCAUGAGUGACCCAGAUUUUUUCGAAUCUUAUCGUGCCUCUGUUGUGUUUCGGUGACGAAGCAUCCCCCCAUAAUAUAAUCAGCCACAUUGACCGUGCAUGGACGGCUGCGAUAUCUCGUUGCGAUAUUUAAGGUUAGGUUAUCUGAAACUGGAGACCAUCAAUGAACUACAAUCGUUGUAUACUCAGGGCAUUCUUCGGCCUGGUUACCUUGUUUUUCUACUGCGAGUACGCCGUUCACUAUCUCGUAAUUUUUCAAUGUGGGUGGCCAGAUCUGGACGCCCAAAAAGCAGAUCCAGCUAUUCUGCUGAACAAUGCAGAAGAGCGGCCUGUGAAAGUGAUGUUUUUAUCCGAUACUCACUUGUUGGGAUCCAGAAACGGUCACUGGUUCGACAAGUUAAAAAGGGAUUCCUUUUGAGUCGCAUCCUGAUGUUUGUUAGGGAAUGGCAAAUGUACAGAGCAUUUCAGACAGCGAUGACUAUUCACAAGCCGGAAUUGGUUUUCAUACUAGGGGACAUAUUUGACGAGGGACUUUGGUGCAGCAGUGCCGAAUUUGAUCGUUACGUCGCUAGAUUCAAUUCCCUAUUCUACAUUCCGCAAAAUACACAGCUAUAUGUCGUUGCUGGGAACCACGACAUGGGCUUUCAUUACAAAAUCAUCCCUUACUUAAAUCAAAGGUUCGUUAACGCGAUGAACGCGCCGAGUGUUAAGCGAGUUAGUGUGAGGGGAAAUCAUUUCGUUCUAAUGAACAGUAUGGCGUUGGAAGGAGACGGAUGCUUCCUUUGCAAGCCUACAGAAAUGGCGCUAAACAGAAUUGCCAAGCAAUUAAAAUGCACAAAAGGUAUCGGAAGCAGCUGCAAAAGUAAAGACAUUCUGAAGCAGUACAGCAAGCCGAUACUUUUGCAGCACUAUCCUAUGUACCGUGAAUCUGAUGAAAUUUGCCACGAGGUUGACGAAGCUCCAGCCAAUAUAAAGAGCGAAAAAUUUCGGGAACGUUGGGAAUGCCUGUCGAAAGAAGCGUCUGAACAACUUUUAGACAUAAUGGAACCGAGACUUAUAGUCAAUGGUCACACGCAUCAUGGCUGCAGGCGAAUUCACCGAGAAAAUAUCCUCGAAUUCACCGUUCCGUCUUUCAGUUGGCGCAACAAAAACAAUCCGUCGUUUUUACUCGGUGUAUUCACGCCGAACAAUUACUCGGUAUCAAAGUGUUACAUGCCUGUCGAAACGACGGUCACAGGAAUAUAUAUAAUCGGUUCUAUUCUAGUAUUCCUUUACCUCUUGCUCAAAGCUAGAAGAGGAUUUAAUUACCGUCGUCUGGUGAAACUUCAUCCGUAAAACGAAUUCAUGUAACUGCACGUACGAAAUCACAAACACACACAUAUCAUAUGCUAGACUGACUUACCCGCCGUUCACAUUCUUACCCCAGUUAUGGUAUGUUUUGUUUUCUUUUUCGUAUUAAAAAAUCGAUCAUAUCAAAUGGAUUUGAAUGAAAUGUAUGAUAUAUAUGAAGACGAUACUAAUAAACAGCAACAGAGAUGUACAUAUUGCAAGCUCAA